AUGUCGCAGAGCCCUGCCUGCGUCCAGCAGAAUGUUGGCUGCCAUGCUUAUGAAGAGGAUCUCCAUGUGCGCCGCUCCUUACCGCCCCUCUUCCUCCCACCUCUCCUGGACGACGAGUUCGAUGCCGAUAUCAACAUCCCUCCCGCUUCACUGCUUCAAGGCACCCCGGGACACCGAUUCGAGCACGGGCAGGUUACACCACCAUUAGAUAACGCGCGAGUUCCACCGCCGAGCGUUGCGGACAACCGGACACCAUCUCGAUUGCACGAUGAUGUUGUUCUCAGACAAUGGUUGAGUGAUAUGCCCAGCGCGGCGCAGCGCUUGCUCGCAGCGGACCUCACUAUCAACAAGAGCUGUGUCAAGUUGAGGCAGUCAAGCCACCACAAAGUGGUUAAAGCGCAUCUGCCAAUUCUUCAAAACCGUCGAGCAUCCACGGGUACUGAUGUGAGGUUUGGAAAUGUAUUGGACGAAAAGUAUGACAAUCUGGCUGAAUUGCUUUCCGAUUUGCAUCUAUGA